UAAGGGGGAAGUAUGUGUGUGUGUAAUGGGUGGGUGUGUAUAUUUUCUGUUUCACUCUCCGCCUCUUUGGUAUUUUGGUUUGAGCUUUGACAAGUGUGACAUCUUGAACUCACUCUCUCUUUUGCUCAUUGCCAUUCUUGCUCUCUUUCAACUCAAGAAUGAAAGGACCGGAGCUUGUAGACUUGACAAGUCGCUUUCGAUUCGCUGAAUCCUGUUUGGGCUUAAUGGGCUGCAUAUUCAUCAGUUAUGCUGUCUGGAUGCCUGACUGGUUGGAUGGAAAAGGACUGUGGUCCAGGGGAAAUGAGUCCAGUCCAGAUGACAGCCAGACACAAGGGCACGUAAUCCAAGGUCUAGGGCCUCAAAAUGUGUUUGCUGGCCUUUCUUUCCUUAUGGCUGUAAGCUCUGGAAUUCUGUGUCUCUUGUUUGCAUUCUGCUGGACAUCCAAGACUGCGCUCUCCUACUCCAACACCCGCUCGCUGCUGAUGGCAGGCCAGGCACUUUACCCCACCACACUGCUGCUCAUCACACUGCUACCGACAGGUUUUUUUUUUCUCUUAAGCUGGGCGCUCUUCACCAGUCAACAUAUUACUGAUAUCCCAGAUGACCUGACAUGCCUGGGCUCUUCCUAUUGGAUAGGUGCGUUGGGCUGGGCUCUGCUGUUAGCUGUUCUGCCAGUGGUGUUCCUGGUGGAGCAAUGUGUGGUACCUGACAUACUGCCUGAGCUGAAGAUGAAGACUGAAUUGUGGCGGAGAGGAUUUGUGGUGACACACACACGCUCGUUCAGUGAUAGCUACCAGCAUCGUACAAAACACUUUAAGCCUGAGUACAAGAGAUACAUGUCAAUGCCCUGAGUGAAACAGCAUCAUCAAAAAUCACUGCUGUUUAAAAAUCCAAUCACUGUUCAUCCAGUGAAAGGCUGAGUAUGUGUCCAGAACCAGGUAACUAAGAAUAUUGGGCCCUUUUCACACAGGAAGACGCCUGAGGAUUCACUAAGCCAUGAGUUACAUUACAAGGAUUUUUACGUUCUGGAAGCUCAGGAGGCUGUGGCUGAGUUACUGAUGAUAUACUGCCAGAUAUACUGUAAUAGCCUGAAGAACAAAAUAAACUCAUAUUUGUUUGGAAACAGACAUUAUAAGACUUAUUAAGCAUAUUCAGACCCACAAAUUACUAAAUUAAUUAUGCACUACUUUAACUUGAAAAAAAUGUUUUAAAGGGAAAAACAACAUGAAACACGCUAAACUUGUUUAUUUUGAUAUGUUUGAUGUGCUUAGUGAUUCAGGUGCUAAUUUGCUAUAUUUUUAUUGUGACUGUAUUUUUUUCACUGUGUGCUGCGAAGUUAUCACAGGGAGAUAUUGCAAAAACAAUAGUAUUUAAUAAAGAAAACCAAUCCAACAA